AUGGAGGUUGUGAAAAUGGAUGAGGUCGUCAAUAAGGCAGAGCCGACGUCGGCGGCGGCUUUUGUGGAAGGAGGAGUUCAAGAGGCGUGUGAUGACUCGUGCAGCAUAUGCCUCGAGGAUUUUUCCGAUAGCAAUCCCUCCACGGUGACGAGCUGCAAGCACGAGUUCCACCUUCAAUGCAUGCUCGAAUGGUGCCAAAGAAGCUCCAAUUGCCCGAUGUGCUGGCAAACUCUCAAACUGAAAGAUCCCACAAGCCAAGAAUUACUUGAUGCUGUGGAACGUGAGAGGAGCCUCAGGUCUGUGCCCCCGCCACGGAGCACGAGAAUAUUCCAUCAUUCGACCCUUGGGGAUUUCGAGCUCCAACAUUUGCCAGCUGGAAUGGACGAUGCGGAACUCGAGGAGCGGAUCAUGCGGCAUUUGGCGGCGAUGAGUGGGGCCCACCGAAUUGCACGGAGUUCGGGCCCGAGGAGCCGUUCGGGCCAUGCCCGCUCGCAGUUUGUGGUGUAUUCUACUGGUGCUGGUGGAGAAGAAGAAACUCCCGAGACGGGCUCUAUGACCGAAAACAAUACAUUUGUUCAUGGGAAUCGGAUUUUCGGCUCGUCAUCACGUGAUAAUAGAGACAAUGCGACGACCCGACCAUCCUUGCCAAAUCGAGACGGCGCGGGCCCCUCGGAGUUCCAUUCAUUUUCCGACACGUGGAGGUCUCGAUUCAGUUCCAUCUCGUCAAAGUACAAAGAGUCGAUUUCGAAGAGCACCAAGGAGUUGAAGGAGAAGCUGUUUUCCCGGAGCCCGAGCAUGGCGGAGAUCGGCUCGGAGGUUCGGAGGGAGGUGAGCGCCACAGUGUCCCGAGUGAUGGAACGGCUCGAAUCCGGAGGGGGUGGGGCCCACACGACGGCGCGUGCGAAUGGCCCCCAGAGUUCUUCGGCUGCCAGUCGGGGGAGGAUGGAUGAUGCUGGCGUUGAUGUGGCGCCGAACGGGAAUGGUCUAUCUACCUUACCUGCGAAUUCGGUUUCGAGUUAG